AUGUUUCCUCAGGUUCUGUUUCUGGUCUUCCGUCUGCUGGUUUUCUCGGGGAACUUCUCUGCUCCGCUGUUGCCAGUCCCCGGCUUCUCAGAGGGUUCCCUUCUCGCCUUCACCUACGCGCUUUACUACGGGACGUACAGCUCGAUCACGAGGAGUCUGCUGCUGGGCGUGUCCCACUCAUACGCCACAGACUUUUUCCUUGUUGCAUGCGCGGCAGAGAUCGCAGGAGGCAUCCACCCCAACGGCUGGUUUCUCUGGACGGUGGUCCCUGCGUACAUCCUUUACAGAGUUGUUAAAAAGAUCCUCGACUGGGUGUUCACACCUGAGGGUCCGGAGGAAGGCAGUCCGGAAGCGAUAGCCAUGAGGAAGCGAGAGGAGAAACUCCAGAGAAAGAUCAAGAGCGGACGUGUGCAGCUUAUCAGAUGA